AUGGAUGAUAUCAUUAAAACCGAAAUUGAAUUACAUAAACAAUUCAAAAAUUUAGAUGUAAUUGGUUUUGAUAUGGAUAUGACAGCAGUUAGAUAUAAUAACGAGAAUAUUGGAAGUUUAGUUUACGAUUGUAUUUCUAUUCAUUUAAAAAAAGUAUUCCCAGAAGCAUUUAAAAAUUCAGUAAUCGAUUUUAAUUUCUGUAAAAGAGGGUUAGUUAUUGAUCUCGAAACAGGUUUAAUUUUAAAGUUAGAUAAUAACAAAAAGGUAUUAAAAGCAUUUAGAGGAAAUCAUUUAGUUAGCAGAGAAGAGAUUGACGAAUUAUAUCACAACCACAGUAUUAAGGAAGAUAGCCCAAUGCACAGUUAUAGUGGAAACAAUUGCCAUAGAUUCUUUACAAUGGCAUCAUUCUUUGAAACAACCCUCACAUGUAUAUUCAAAGAUUUCAUGAUCUAUUUAGAAAAAGAAGCCAAUGCAACUGGUAAACCAAUCGACCUUUCACAAUUAAAGAAAUUAGCAAAAGAAAUUGCUGUCUCAUUCAAAACCCAUUUCGAUAAUUUCUACGAUAGCCAUUAUUAUUACGAAUUUUGCGCCAAUCCAGGUAAAUUUAUUUACAAAGUUAACCCAAAGUUUUUAGAAUGGUUGAAAUUAAUUCGUUCAAAGGGUACCAAAGUAUUAUUAAUUACCAAUUCGAAAUCAGAGUAUACCGAUGCUGUUAUGAAAUAUUCCUAUGGUGAAAACUUUAAGGAUCAUUUCGAUUGUAUUAUUGUAGAUGCCCACAAACCAGAAUUUUUCUCAAAGGACAAACCAUUCGUCGAACAACAUACCUAUUUCCCAAAAGGUCCAGAUGACUAUAUUCCAUGUGACUCAAUUAAAUUAAAUAGCAACUCAAUCUUUAAGGGUGGAAAUGUUAAUAUAGCUUUAAAUGCAAUUAGAGAAUCCCUUCAAAAAUCAGAUAGUGAUGAAAUUUCAUUUUGUUAUGUUGGUGAUAAUAUUAUGGGUGAUGUUGUAGCUCCAAAAAAAUUAAAAAUGAUGACUGUUGGUAUUAUUGAUGAAAUUGUUGACCCAGAUGAAAUUAUAAUUUUAAAGAGAGAAAAAAAAACAAACGAAGAUGUUUCAAUUUCAAAAGAAGGUUUAAUCGAAAAAAAUUUAGAAAAAAGAGAUUAUGAAUGGGGAAGUUUCUUCCAUGUUCAUGAUAAUCAUAAAAAUAUUAGCAUCGAUACUUUUUGGGGUUCUAUAUUAAGAAAUAAUGCUGAUAUCAUCACACCAUCAGUCGACACCCUUGCUGAAUAUUAUUAUCAAGAUAAAUUUGACAACUAUGAAACCCUAUCACCAUGUGCAGUUGUUUAUCCAGAAUAA